AUGGCCAGCGAAUCUCCGCCAACUCAUCCUCUCGAUGGUUUCGAGGCGACCCCGCGCAAGUACGACACCACCACUCUCUCCAUUGGUAGAGCAGCCAAUCUCAAGACUUGUCGGCUGCAGGCCUCGAAUGAGCUUACCGGCCAAACAAUCAAGAUCGACUCAGUCACCGAGUUCCUCGAGGCAUUUCUUCCCUUGCCUUCCAAUGCCCCUAAAUGUCCGAAACACACGUCGAACCCGUUCCAAACCCUCAAGGAUGCCGACUCUAUGGUUGAAAGGACUAUCACAGACAGACUGGUGGGGGCAAUCACCACGCAUGAGCUCUGCCCAAGUCUGGUGAUGAGUCGCUCGGAGACAAGGCCCGAUUCCUUGGAGAUUGACUCGACCAGGCAGAAAGUCGACGCCGCGUUCUUCCAUCCACAAGACGCUCCGAAGGACGGGUGCCCGCACUGGGUGGACCAGGUAGUGCCUGUCGAAUUCAAGAACCGCAAAGAGGGCAACAAGUUUGACCCGUUCGACGACCGCGAACAAGCUCAAACCGACACGAAUGCGAAGAAGCGCAAAGCAAGCCGAGGGCAGAUCAUUACAUAUGCGGAUCUCCUGUUCUACCUUCAGCACCGCGUGUUCCUCUUCAUGCUCCUCGUUAUCGGUCGUCGCUUCCGCCUGAUUCGUUGGGAUCGUUCUGGUAUCCUUGUCACGAGGUCCACCGACUACUAUGAAAAUCCUCAGCUUCUCUGCGAGUUCAUGUGGCGGAUCUCCUACCAACCACAAGAGGCGCUCGGACUGGAUCCUACUGCGACUCGACUUACAUUGCGGCCGGACCUCACGAACGAGAUGGAUGAAGUGCUCGAUGAGCUCCGGAAGCUCGCAGUAGACCACAUUCCACGCACGCUCGAUGAGCCACUCCCCGAGGGCUACAUCUUCCAGUACGUCCUCAAUAUGUUCGCCGAGUCGAUUCGAUGUCCCGAGUUUCCCCGAUACGAGCUUCGAAUCACAGACGGAGAAAACACUCACAAGUUCCUUGUUGGCAAGCCGGCAUACCGUGGGUCAGGCGCAUUGAGAGGAUGCGUACGUGGUUGGGUGGCUUUGGAUCUCGAGAAGAAGCGCUUCGUGUGGCUGAAAGACACUUGGCGCCCAUGGGGCGAGUCUAUCGAGAAGGAAGGCGACGUCCUUCUACGCUUGAACGAAGCUCAUAUCGAGGGUGUACCGACUGUCGUAUGCCAUGGUGAUGUCGAAGAACAGGUCACGGUCACGGCCACUUGGUGGGGACGCGAGACCGUUCCUCGGUGCGAGCCAACUCCGACGACUCCACCAACGGGGCCAGCUAGUCCCUGCACCACCUCCUUGGGUUUUGUCUCCACUGGCGCACGUGUAUCAAACACGGUUCCCGUUACGGAGAACCCUUUACUUAACGGAGGAUCCCAGACCGCGGAUGUGCUCGAGACUCGGAACAACGAGAAAAAGCGCAAACGGGAUAGUCCAGAGCCAGGCGUUCCCGAUGCCUCUUCUCAGACAGGAGAGGGAGAUAUCACUCCUCCUCGCUUCCGUGCCGAUUGUCCAUUGCAGGACUACAGGCACUAUCGUCUUGCUGAGAAGGAAGUCUGCCUUCCCCUGAAGAAGUUCCACGACUCACGGCAGCUUGUAGGGCUUGUCAUGGAUUGCAUCGUCGCUCAUUAUGACGCCGCGGCAUCUGACGAACUGAAGAUUCACGUUCUCCACAGGAACAUCACCGAUGGCCAUAUCAUGAUCUGCCCCAAGAUCGUAUCGACGGAGCAGGGUCUCGAGCUGAUAUGGAAGGGUUUGCUCAUAGAUUGGGAGCUUUCCAAACCCAUUGCCUCAAUUUGA